ACUGCGGUUUAUGGAAAGGAGUGCGGCGGGAAGUCUGCGAGCAAUAUGGUUUAACUACUCACCUCCUCCACUGAGGAAGGUGACGUGAGUCAUAAACAGGAGCAUAGAUUCAGCUGCCGCGGGAAACCGUGCCAAAUACGCGAUGUGCGAACAAGAAGAGUGAAGAUUUUUUUUAAAGCAUAGCAUCACGUAGACGAGGGACCGACCGAGUGCACCGUGUCUACACUUCAAGGGACCGCAACACACAAAGCAACCUAAUGGACGAGAGGCAAGCAAGGAAAACACGGUUGUUUAUGUCGGGUGUAAGACAAGUGAAUGACUGCGGUAAAUUCCAAAGAGAGACAAGCGAAAAUAUUCCCCGACAUCUGUUUCUUAAUCGGAUGCAUCUGAGGCAGGAGAAAGAGGGAUAAAAGACUAAGCAGCCGAGCGUCAAGGAGGAGGGAAAAUGCUGCAUUUAACCCCUCUGCUAUUUUUUCAGUAGCUGAUCAGUUUUUUUGUAUUUUACACUUUAUUUUCCAACACAUUGCAUCUCAAGCCUUACGAGGAAAAUGACAGCGUCCGUCUUGAUGGCAGUCAUGUCCUCCGCUUUUUUCAACCCGAGCUUUGCCUUCAGUUCACACUUCGACUCAGGUGGCGCCCCCCUGAGUGAGCUGUCGUGGCCGUCCUCCCUGGCCGUGGUGGCCGUCUCCUUCUCCGGCCUCUUCACCUUCGUCUUCCUCAUGCUGGCCUGCCUCUGCUGCAAGAAGGCCGACAUCAACUUCAAGGAGCUGGAGAACACGGAAGGGGAGGAGUCACGUGCUGAUGGCCUGGCAUCGCCUGGAUCCCAGAACGGGACGGAGGUCUACAUCCUGCCACUCACCGAGGUCUCAUUGCCCGUCUCCAAGCAACCUGGCAGAUCAAUCCAAUUUCUGAAAUCGUCGGACCUUGGGCGUCACAGUCUCCUGUAUCUGAAGGAAAUUGGUCACGGCUGGUUUGGGAAGGUGCUCCUGGGGGAGGUGACAGGAGGUCUGAGCAGCAGCCAGGUGGUUGUGAAGGAGCUGAAGGCCAGUGCCAGCGUCCAGGAGCAGAUGCACUUCCUGGAGGAGGCCCAGCCCUACCGUGCCCUACAGCAUCCGGCCCUGCUGCAGUGUCUGGCCCAGUGUUCCGAGGUCACCCCCUACCUGCUGGUCAUGGAGUUCUGCCCCCUGGGUGAUGUGAAGGGCUACCUGCGUAGCUGCCGAGCUUCGGACACGGGGACCCCUGACCCUCUGAUCCUCCAGCGAAUGGCGUGCGAGAUCGCCUCCGGCCUGCUGCACCUCCACAAACACAACUUCAUUCACAGUGACCUGGCCCUCAGGAACUGCCUGCUGACCUCUGAGAUGUCGGUGAAGGUCGGGGACUACGGCCUCUCCCACAGCCGCUACAGGGAUGACUACUUUGUGACGGCGGAUCAGAUUUGGGUGCCUCUGCGCUGGAUCGCCCCGGAGCUCAUCGACGAGGUCCACGGCAACCUGCUGGUGGUGGACCAGACCAAAGCAAGCAACGUGUGGUCUCUGGGCGUGACAAUCUGGGAGCUGUUUGAGCUGGGCAACCAGCCGUACCGCCACUACUCGGACCGGCAGGUGCUGACCUACGCUGUCAAGGAGCAGCAACUCAAGCUGCCCAAGCCCCUCCUCAAGGUGCCCCUGGCCGAGCGCUGGUAUGAGGUGAUGCAGUUCUGCUGGCUGCAGCCAGAGCAGCGUCCCGUUGCAGAGGAGGUGCACCUCCUGCUCAGCUACCUGUGUGCCAAGGGCAUGAGUGAGGCCGAGGAGGACUUCGACAAGCGCUGGAACUCCCUGCGGCCCGGAGUGGGGGUUGGCAUCGCCGGUGGCAGUGGUGGCGGCGGUGGCAGUGGCAUGGUGGUGGGCAGCCUAGGCAGUCACGGCAGUGGCUCGCCCGGAGCCUCGGUCUCGGCAUCAGCAUCACACAGGGGCGACCUGGCGUCCUCCUCCGCCUCCUCCUCCUUCCCGUUGCUGGAGCACUUCUCCGGGGGCGGCGGCGGGGGCGGGGUGGCGGACGGCUUCCAGGCCGGCGUGGAGGGCGGCGACGACAUCUUGACGGUCACCGAGACCAGCCACGGCCUGAACUUCGAGUACAAGUGGCAGCAGGCCUCGCGCGCCAGCCACGAGCAGCCCUACUGCUCCUCCUCCACCUCGGGCACGCUGGGCCAGAGCAACCCCAGCUACCAGGACAUCUACUACCCGCCCCUGGACAACCCCUCGGGGGGCUGCAGCGGUGGUGGCAGCAGCGUCGACAGCAAGGGCGAGGGCCUCACCCUGGGUGUCUCUCCAUCGUACUACGAGUCGGACCACCUGGGCGUGGUGCCGGUGCUGAGCGCCCACAGCCCCUCGGUGAGCAGCGAGUACUACAUCCGCAUCGAGGAGCCCGUGGAGUGCAACAUCCAGCUGGAGGACACCGACCUGGACUUCAGCCCCGGGAUGGACGCCGGCGGCCGCGGGACCUACUCCAUGGGUGGCGGCAGCGGCGGGGGCAGGGAGUGCCAGGUCGACCUCGAGCACAACAGCUACUGGUCGGCAGCGGGUCACGACGGUCGUCACAAACCCAGUGCCUACGACUCGGACCUGAGCCCAGACAUCUCCCUCAGCAUGGAGCCCCUCCAGAGGCGGGCCUCCGGCGCCAGCUCCGGCGAACACGAGAGAGUACCCCGGCAGUACUUCUCCCCCAGCGAGAGGACCAGCAUGCUGCACUGUGACCAGCUGUCCCCCGACGAGCGGCCCGCGCGCCACAGGAGGGACCGCUACGUGGAGGAGCAGGAGGACAGCUGGAGUCCCCCCCUCAGCCGCACCCACAGGCUCGCCGCCCCAGACAACCCCAUGGGCAUCUCCCUGUCCCUCAGUAGCCCCAGCCUGGGGUGCUGCGACCCGUACUUAGAGGCCAACCAGGCGUCCAGCGUCGACAGAAGCAUGUCCAAUGAGGGCUACUAUGACAUGACGGGGACGCUGCUGAAGAGCCUGCCCAGAUCUCACUACAUCAGCGUCAGUUUGGAGGCGGGGGAUGGUCGACGCGUGGCGCCCGGCGUCGGACGAGACGCUCCAGAGGACGAUGACCUUUUCACAGAGGCCGAGGCCACCAACUGGACCUCCAAUCAGUCCGCCAACAACAAUAGUUUAAAUUUUGAUUUCAGGCAAGCGGUAGGCUAUCAAGAUGUCUACCUUGACCUGCACCAGACCACUCCAUCUUCUGGCAUGAAGACCUUUGGGUCUGAAAAAGUAGCAGCCAACGAUCCUUUUAAUACCUCCAAGCCCCUGUUCUACCUGGAGGCAACAGGUAGUGACAACUCAUCUGGCGCUAACGCUAAUAAGACAACUUCUGACUUAUCUGGUGAAUGCGAAACAUACAUCCAUUUGUGCCAUAAGGGUGGACAGGAAACGUCAGACUCGCCUUUGACAGUCUGUCCAUCCAUAGACAAUCCCCAGCGAACUGAGCCGACAUCGCAGGCCGAAGAGAAAAAUGCGGUUUGUAAAAAAGCCUCCGAGAAAGUCCCCAACCUCUCUGUGGAAGAGAGCAUGCCACACAGCGGAGAAGUAGCCCACAACCACCAUUCCAGCGAAUCAACCAAGGCUCAGAUAGAAGCGUCUCGACCCGCGGCCACUGAUUUCACGGACGGCAUUCACACAGGCAUCACCAUGCAAACAAAACACUCAGACAACAAAGAGACCGCGGGGAACAUGUGGGGCCUUAACACCUGCAACAACACGCGCGUCACCACGGGCAGCAUUAGCAUACUCUCCGGCAAGAAGCUCUCGCACCCCGAGGUCGGGUCAGAGCGCAUCUCCGUCUCUGAGUGCAGCCGAGCGGGAGACAGUGGUGGCGGCGGUGGCGGCGGAGGCUGUGGAGGAGGGGGCGGCGUGGAGGUAGGCAGCUCCAGCAUGAGCCUGGCCGACAUCAUUUACGACUGCAGCGAUGACGACAGUGCCGACGUCACCUCAGGGGUGUUUGCCGACUCGCCCUUGGACUAUGCCGAGGUCGGGGACGUCGGGGUGGCCCACAGACACCUGCUGAGGCCAGUGAAGGUGGCACACAACGCCGAGGAGGUCAUCCACCUGGCCUCCAGCAGCAGCCCCUGUGACAGUUUCAGCCUCGGCGGCUACCACCACCACCACCACCACGCGUCCUCCUCCGUCCAGCCCAAGUCGCUGGACAGCGGCUACGACACGGAGAACAAUGAGUCCCCCGAGUUCGUCCCCAAGGAUCUGGAGGGGAAGUCCAGCUCAGCUCUCAGCGUGAGCCUGGAGUCGGACGAGCCCGACAUGGUCCUCCAGCUUGACUUGGAGGAUGAGAUGGCAGACAUGGAGGGGGUGGUGCUCCUGACCCCGUCAAGCAACAGCAGCGGCGGUGGGGAGGGGCGGCAGCUGAGCAGGAUGAACGGGAAGAACCCUUACAGGGACUCUGCCUACUUCUCCGACUACGACGCGGAAAAUGACAGGAGCCCCAGUGACGGGGUCGUCGGCGCUUUCUUCAGCGGUCACGAGGAUGACGAGUGCGUUGUCAGCCUGCAUGUGAAAGGAGAAGAAUGCAAUCCGGAGCAAGAGAGGCACCCUGGACACUGUUUUGCAUCUCUGAAGGAUAGCCGAGACGUCUCCCAGUUCCCCGCUUCCGACAGGGACAGGGGGGAUGCUGCCGCCGCCAAGCCCCGCCAUCCCGGCUCAUCCUCUCCCUCCGCUGUCGUGCCUGUGCCCGUGCUCGACGCGCUGUCGCCAUUCCCUCCACAGAUGGGAGGAUGCCUGACCAAGGAGUCGGCUCCCGACGAGGGCAUCAUAAUGGAGACGGAGAACUCGGCGUCGGAGGAGGCGUCGUCCGACUGCUGCGCGUCCGCGCCGCCCAUGGAGGCAGCCUCGUCCGCCACGCAGCAGGGCGCCGGCGCGCUGAACAGCAGAGCCGCCAAUGAGGACUUCUCGCCGGCUGUGUCGCUGGGCUCCGAGUCCACCUUGGCCAGCUUCGGGGAUGACGACGCUGUCCAGGACACGGACAACUGCGAUGGAUGUCACGAAGGAGGAGGAGGAGGAGGAGGAGGAGGAGGAGGAGGAGGAGGAGGAGAAGACUCCAAACCUGCGGACGUGCAGAUGGACGUGACGGACAUCCGAGAGAUCGACGACACCGACGAGGAGUCACCGGGUAGCAGCGAAGGGGUGUACAACUCCUCCAUGCGGACCUCGUGCGACCUGGCAUCCCCAGACCUGGGCCUCGACGGACGGGCUCCGCUGGGGGACGGCGAGGACGCGGACGAGGAGGACUCCGAUGACAGCGAGUCGGAUGAGGAGCUGCGCAGCUACAACAUCCAGGAGCAGAGUGAUGACGAGGAGAGCGACGAGGACCUGUCCGUGGUUCCCGUGGUGGUGAGCGAGCGGGGCAGUGCCCGCCACCUGCGCAGCCUCCUCAAGAUGCCCUCUCUGCUCACUGAGUCCUUCUGUGACGAGCUGGAGCAGCACAAGAGGAAGGCGGUGUCCUUCUUCGAUGACGUCACCGUCUUCCUGUUUGACCAGGAAAGCCCAACAGGUGACUUGGCUGACUACAGCUUCCCUCCAGGCGCAGAUGCCAAUGGCGAUAGCGAUGCUCAGCCCUCAGACAUGGAGGCCACCACCCCACCAGAGGGCAGUAGCCCUGAAAAACUGGAAAAUGACAUGGAAGAAGGCGGAUGCUUUGAUUGGGAUGAGGACUUCGACUCUUCGACUCCGACUCCCAGCCCCUCUUCUGCAGAGCCGCCUCUGGGGGCCAUCGUCCUGCCCCUGAGUCCUCCCCCCAAGGCAGCCGAGGAGAGGCCCGUGCUACAGCAGCACUCGCGCUUCAGUGUCUCGCGCUUCUCCAUCACACAAGUGUCCGACACUGACAUGGACUCCAUGGGAGGUUGCAGUGAGGAAAGUGAGCGGGAGUGAGAAGGCCUGUUUGGUGUGAGAACGUGCGGUUCUCUUACUACUUUGGGUGUCUUUUUUUAUACGGGGGGUCAGCUGAAACCUGAUAAUCCAAUCCAAUUUCUGCCAGUGCCUCAUAUACUGUAGUAGAGAAAUGCCAUUCGUGACAUCUUUCCACCAAACCAUCACUGACAGGUGGGGGUAGCACUGACAUAGCAGGAAAUGCGAGCAGCCGUUACUACAAACUAUAAAUCUAUGUGUAAGGUCAAAAAAAAUGUAUCACCUAUUUAUUCUAAAUAUGACAUGUACGUGGAAUUAUCACAUCUUUGCACAAUUGACAUUUGCAAUGUUCAUCAGGUCAUUUUUUAUUAUUAUUACAUACUAUACUAUAUAGUAGAAAUAAUGUGUUACAUUGCUGUUUGUCAUUGGCUGCCUUCCCAGUAUUCACCCAUCUCAUUGGCCAGAUCUUCCAGAGGACUGUUGUCACCCUCGAUUGUUAUUUAGGUUUUUAUUUUGCACUGCUUGAGCCAAACAGAGAAUUCCUUACGACGAAGCCACUGAGAGCUGCUGUGGCGAUCCAAAGACGACAACCCUCCACGUUCAGGCGCCGAGCUGAACAAAAUAAACAAGGAAGUGGUGGCGCAGGACUACAUACACCAGAAGUGACAAUACAUAUCCUCCCAGAAGUGACAACAUUCAGUACUGACACAACCAAUCGCAGAAGUGCUUACACUCUUCAACACUGACACAGCCAAUCGCAGACAUAGACAGUGAGUCCUACACUUCCUGGCAUGUGGGACACAUGGGGGGUGGGGGGUGGGCGGGCUGCCAAUCUCACCACACUUAUUUAACCAGAACGUUUUAGUUCAGGGAAGAAACAGAAUCCUAAGAUAUACGUGGAACUUAAAGAACAUGUCUUUCUUUGUCAUGUUGUGCGUCAUGUAGACUCCCAUACCGCUGCUGGAAAGUGCUGUUAAAAAUUAUAAGAAGAAAAAAAAACAACAGCUCUCCCCCCCAUUCCCCCUUUUCCAUGUGUGCUGCUAUCCAUUUCAAAGUAAAGAAAAAGGCAAAUAAAGAAAUGAAUUUAAAAAAUCCCGCACUUUCAGUGUUACAAAAUCAAGUGCUAGUUUAUAUGACAGUUACUUGUGUCAUGUCUUUUAGCUAUUGAGUGUUCUAAAUAAAACACAUGCAAAUA